GGCGCUGCUGGGCCCCGCUCAGAGAGCCCUCUACAGGGACGUCAUGCAGGAGAACUACGAGGCGGUGACCUCGCUGGGUAAGGGCGUCCUGGCCCCUCGGGGAUUAGGAGCCGUGGGGUCUGCGUGUCCGACACGGGUCAGGUUCUUCCCUGCUCAGGUGGCCUGGACAGGAAUGGGUUCCAUGGGCACAGCUGCCGGGGGAGAGCGACUUGCAUCUCCAUACCCUGUGCAGUGAGACCAGGGUGUCAAACCCUAAUGAAUGUGCUGAGCCCACGUAUAAUGCAAUCACACACAGCGCUGCAGCACCUCCUGCUGGCCGGUCCAAGAAUUAGCUCUUGAAGCUCUGGAACCUCCUCCUCCCGCAGUGUCCCACUUACUAUUUCCUGACUUUCCCCUCUCCACCAUUCCAGGCCCUGCAUCCCUCCCAGAUGGCAGCCUCCCUUUCCACAGGGUUUCCCGUUCCCAAACCUGAGCUGAUCGCCCGGCUGGAAAGAGGGGAAGAGCCCUGGGUGCCCGACCUCCAGGCUGGGGAGGAAAGAGAGAUCCGGAGAGGCACCUGCACAGGUGAUGAGACAGCGAGUGUAAAGGAGGAAGAGAAUGCCCAUCAGGAAGUUCCAGGGGAAAUGGAAUCACAGGGGACCUCUGUGGGACGAGCUAAAGGGAAUUUUUCUCUCUGCUGGGAACAAGGAGAAGCCUUUUUGAACUGGCCCCGCUCAGAGAGGCUGCUGGGAAACUACUCAGAGAGGCAAGUGGAGGAAUCUAUUAAAUGUGAGGGAGGAGACAAGGAUCCCACGGCCCAGCACAUAAAUGCCAAGGGAGAGAAACCCUUCCAGUGCCUGCAGUGUGGGAAAGGCUUCAUUCUGAGCUCACACCUUGUGACACUUGGGACAAUCCCUUCUGGAGAGAAACCCCUUCAAUGCUUGGACCGUGGAGAAAGCUUCAGUCACUGCUCAGACCUUAAUCACCAAGGGAGAAGCCACACAGGAGAGGAUCCCUAUCGAUGCCUGGAUUGCGGGAACUGUUUGAAUUGGACGUUGACACCAGUUACACACCAGAUGAGCCACACAGGAGAGAGACCCUAUAAGUGCUUAGACUGUGGGAAAAGUUUCAAAUGGAGGUCAGACAUUAUUAGACAUCAGGCAGUCCACACAGGAGAGAGACCCCAUAAAUGCUUAAACUGUGGGAAAGGUUUCAAAUGGAGGGCAGACCUUGUUAGACAUCAGCCAGUCCAUACGGGCGAGAGACCCCAUAAAUGCUUAGACUGUGGGAAAUGUUUCAUACAGAAAUCAAUUCUGAUAAAUCAUCAGAGACUCCACACUGGAGAGAGACCCCACAAGUGCUUGGACUGUGGAAAAAGUUUCAUACAGAGAUCAACUCUUAUGAAUCAUCAAAAGGUCCACAUGGGGGAGAGACCCCACAAAUACGUGGACGGUGAGAAAAGUUACACACAGAGUUCAACCCUUAUUAAGCAUCAGGGAAUGCACACAGCAGAGAGACCCUACAAGUGUUUGGAAUGUGGAAAAUGUUUCACGCUGAGAUCAUCUCUUAGAAAUCAUCAAACUAUCCACAAUGGGGAGAAACCCCAUAAAUGCUUGGACUGUGGGAAAAAGUUUGCACGAAGGUCAGACCUUGUUAGACAUCUGGCAAGACACACAGGAGAGAGACCCCACAAAUGCUUAGACUGUGGGAAAAGGUUUAUGCGGAGGUCAGAUCUUGUUACUCAUCAGACAAUCCACACAGGAGAGAGACCCCACCAGUGCUUGUACUGUGAGAAAAAAUUCAGGGUCAAGUCAGCCCUUAUUUCACAUCAGACAGUCCACACAGGAGAGAGACCCCACAAGUGCUUAGACUGUGGAAAAAGUUUCAUAUGGAGGUCAGACCUUGUUAAACAUCAGAAAUUGCACUCAAGAGCGAGACCCCAUCAGUGCUUAAAAUGUGGAAAGUGUUUCGUAUGGAGGUCAGACCUUGUUAGGCAUCAGAGAAUCCACACAGGAGAGAAACCCCAUAAAUGCAUGGACUGUGGGAAAUGUUUCAUACAGAGAUCUACUCUUAUAAAUCAUCAGAGACUCCACACUGGGGAGAGACCCUAUACAUGCUUGGACUGUGGAAAAAGUUUCAUACAGAAGGCACACCUCAUUUUACAUGGAAGAAUUCACACAGGAUCUAAAAUCCUGUGACACUAGCCAAGAAAGGGUUAAACAACUUGCCAACUGAUUUAUCCCGACUCAUCCGUUAGAGACAUGUUAGAUGUGUGUGUAAACGGUAAUUAGGUUCCAGUCCACAUUAGAUAAGCUAGACCUUUGAAAUAUAAACUUUUGUUGUUAAAGAACUGGAGGAACAUAGUACUUGUAAUAGCCUAUGUUUACUUACAUCUUGUUAGAGCUUAACACUGUAUUCAGACUGUUCCUGUCUAGGGCUGCAUUCUCUUCAUUCAGAGAUCAAAAGGAAAUAGUUAACAUAUAGAUAACUAGAAUAUUGUCCCACUGUUGCUCGGGUCCUUAAUUAAUUGUUUUUUUGGAAAAUAAAAUGCAAAUGUCCAUG